CCACUGGAUAUGCAUGUCCGACGCAGGUAUUGCGGCGAAGCGUUCAUCUAUUAUUAUGUAAUAUGAACUACAGCAUUCGCUGAGUUUGAAAUCGUAUUACUGCUUAGUCGCACUCUUCAGGCCGCGGAACAGUAUAAAUCAAAAAAUCCAUGUAAAUACCAAAUGCAACAAAGGCCUUUGUUCUUGAACCAAGACUCUCACUAUGGCGAUCAACCCAGAGUCCAAGAAACAAUCUGUGUCUUUCGGCAAGUCGUCAGGUCCUAAAGGCCUACCUCCAACUUUUCCUCCGUUUCCGGCAGUACCGCACGGUGUCACCAUAAUUCCUUUCAAAGAUUUCACGCCGUACGGCUACAAACGCCUUAAAACAGAGACUGGAGAAGAAAUCGAAGUUGAUGCUUUUGGUGGCUUGCCUACGGUGAAGGUUCUCUCCGAGGAAGAGGUCGUUCAGAGAAAUAAAGACAGAAAACGGCGCAGAAAUGCGGGACAGAGCGCGGAUGCCACAGGAAGAAUUGUGCCUUGGUGGGAGGAAUGGGAAGAGGGUGAAAAUUCGCGUACCACGAGCGAACCAACAGAGCUGCAAAAAAGCCUCAUCGAUCGGGUUCACCAAGCUGCGGAUGAUUUCCGGAUUGGUCGUACUUGGCCGCCGAUAUCUUCCGGAGUUAGAACAUUAUGGGAUCAUUUCCGUCUGUACAUUGGCCUUCUGUCUAGCUUGCCGAUCUACCGCAAAGCCAAGAAAUCUAAGGGCAAUACAGACAUGACUUGUGAAGGGGGCGGUGACGAUUCGGAUAACGAUGAUACUCCAAAAGCCAAACAAGUAAACGUCAAUAUCAUUCAAGAUCCACUGGAACAGAUCGCCCAUCCGGGCAAACAGCUAGAGCCAAAUGAAGGGGAAGUGGAUAUCAUGGCUCGUUUACUUGAAACUUUCCUUGAAGACAUGGAAAAGUCUAUCAAGGUUUUCAUGUCUUCAUACAUGCGAGAUAAAGGUUUGAUCUGGUCGGAACGCAAUCUUUUCAUUGCACCCACAGUACUCCACUUUUUCCUUCGCUUCAUGCAGCGCAACGAGGUUUUUGUUGGAUUCGAGACUCACACCGAAAACUUAAACCGUGCAGUAGCUGUCACCGAGCUCGCUCUCAGGGAACUUCCUUUGACGGCUAGGGUUGCACGAGUUUUACCAGGCAUGUUCGAUGCUGCGUGCAAGGAGUGCUGGGGAUACAAAGGAAGCCUCAGCAUGUACAUAUCCACCACUCUUGACUCCGAGGAUGGUUGCACUAGCACUGAUACGCCCGCUUCAUCGGCGGUUGGCACAUUUGAGGAGGCGCUCAAAGCUGAUCACGCUGAAAUCGUAUCCUCAGAUGUUGUCCUUGACUCGUUGAUGGCGAAGGAGGUUUUGGAUGACACCUUCGGCGUUGAUGAUGGCGUGAAUGUUUCCCCUGCUCCAGUGGAUGACCCUUGGGCUGCAGCUAUUACUGCAGGGCAGAACACUACGGUAUCGUGGACUGAUGUCAAAGUUGACUCACUGCUUACCUUCCUCGGCCCAACUCAAUUACCUUUGACGCAUACUGCUGGUGUUGUCGAGUUCUCUACGCGCAAAGUGAAAGAAAUAAUGCUGCCAGAAGCUACCAACUCAAUUCCGGAUACUCCCUCCGCCGCAAUUGAGCAGGAGCUAGGAAGUCGCUUCGCUCGUGUCGUGUUGGAACCUUGGGUUCGCACCUCAACAGACGAACUUCUUGAUAUCGUAAGACCUAUCAUCACGUCUUCCAGUCGCGGACCCGUUAUCAAGGACCCGUUCGCGGACAUCAUUGAUGUGUCUGAUGCCCAAUCCCCUUCUGAUGCAUACAACCCCUGCCGCGACGACCUGACCAUACUCAUCAACCCAUCGUCCGUAGAUUGUUUACAUGUCGGCCUUGGCUUGUGCGGCACAUGGGUACAAAUGGCUCGCUGCGAAGAUGUGGAGAAUUCCAUCACUUCUAUUGAUCAAGGUACUCCACGCGUCAGCAAGCAUCCCCGCGAUUGCUUCUGGUAUCUGGAGGACGUUGUAUCUAUCUUCCCCAGUUUCUACACGGAGUCGGAGGUGGAGAUUGAUCUCGGCCAGACAACCGACAAUGAUGACCUCUAGGUCAUAAAUCUGCAGCUUUUUGGUACCCUGGCUUAUAGCCAUUGUAUGUUUCAUUACGACCAUGGACAUCUCGCAUUACGAUUAAUAAGCACUACUUCACCUCUUGAUUUUGUUUGACACGUCGAUAGCCGUUGACGACAGAACUUUCAUACAUACAAGAAUUAUCGAAGUUCGCGUCAUACGCUAUGUAUAUCCAGCCUCGUCGCUUCGUCAAGAAAAUACCUGUAGCAAUAACACGAGUAGAAAUCAGACGGAGACAACCUUGACAUCAAGUA